GACGCGAGCACGGCCCAACCGUCACCGUCGUUUCGACGUCGUGGACACUUUCUUGCCGCCGAUCGUCCACGCGGAAAUCGCGAGCCAACCCGUUCGUAGUCAGACCCGCAGCGUAACCAUCGAGCUCGAAUCUCGAUGACCGCGAGCCGCGCGCGAAAGUGAUCCAAGUGGUGUGUUCGUCUUUUGACUGGAAAGGUCGCGGUACGUGGACACCAGUUCGAACAGAGAUCCGAACACUCGAGCCCUUACUCCGCAUCUACUCCAGCCGCUGGACUCGCGCCGCUUCCGUUCGUCCGUCGUCGCUUCGUCCCCGCCCCCCUCAGCAAUAAAAAAAGAUAGUUCCGUCGGGUAAAACCGAGAGGGUUGGAACCCUCCGCGGUCCACCGCGGUAAGGAAUCGAGGAAAGGGGAGGUAACGAUAGCAGAAAAGCUGGGUCGUGAGGGGUCCAAGAAGCGUAGCGUUCGGGUGUGAUGUGGUGGAGCCCCCCGGGGGGCCGCGGGGGCAGGAGGUUCGUGGCAGAUCGGUCGUGAGGGCCCCAGGCACGCCUCGGUUGCCCCGCGGCGAGGUCGCCGGAGGGGCGGAGGAGGAGGUAGGAUGGUGUGACCUCCGGCGUUAUCCCGCCCGACGCGGAGGUGGUGCUGGAGGUGGCGGAGGCAGUGGCGGCGGUGGCGGCGGCGGAGCCGAGCAGCUGCUGCUCGACUCGGAGGAGGAGGAGCCGACGGCGAUGUCGAGACCGCUUCGCGGUGAACGGGACCACGUGAGCCGUUUCGACCUCCGAGAACAGCGCGACCUCCGCGACCUUCGGGACCUACACGACAUCAGGGACCUGCGGGAUCUCAGGGACCUCCGGGACGUAAGGGACGUCAGGGACAACAGAGAGAGACACGGUUCCGGGAGGCACCAUCGGGACGAGUACCUGGAUUACGAUCACCAUCCCACCGCUGCGUCCACCUCUGCACUCACCAACAAUCCGGGGCUAGUUCCGUGGAAACGGCCGGUGGUGCAGCAUCCUCGGUGCCUCUCGUUUGCAGCUGCAUUCAACCCCCUGGCUUCCAUUCUCGCCAACACAUGCAGCCGUGCAUCCACCUCUCGAGGGUCAGAAGCCCUAAUGAGACAGACACACGGUAGAUGAUGGGG